CGAAAAUAGAAGAUGACAAAGAACGGCGGGACGUACGAUGGCCCGAAGCUGGAAGCAUGGGAUGGCUUUCUGCUCUGGAAGCCGCUCUUCCUGCAGGCGCCGGCGACCGCCAAGUACGUUAACUACUACCUUAUUGACAACUACGCAGAUGCCCACCUCGAAGAGCUCAUCUCAUCCGACGAGCGCGCUCGGCUCCAUGGCGUCGCGACCAAGUCGGCGACGCCCGUGUACGCGGAGCUCCUCUCGAGCGAAGAGCUCGCCGGCGCCACCAAGCGCUACCAUAGCGAAGUCGCCAUGGUCACGUCCAAGCUUGUGGCGUCGGUAGUCAAGCGGCUGCAAGGCGCCAUGGCGGCGCAGGCCACUGCGUACCUUCGAAGUGCCAUUGCGCCAUCGCUGGGCGCAGAGCUGCCGCCGCAGCCGCAGACGCCACACAGUCUCUGGAAGUACGUGAUGACGCAGAGCCAGCCGCCGUUCUACGAUGUCUUUGGCCUCUUCGAGUACACGCUGGGCAUCCAGUUGCAGCGGCCGUCGGCGGCAGAUUCCUUCUUUGCCGCGUUUGAGCCAGCGGUGGCCGCGCUGCUGACAGCGCUACUCUCGCUCCACGACGUCUCGAGUCUCUUUGUCGGCGUCGACGACAUGGAAAGCGCGCACACGGUGCUCACGCGCUACCAGACGCAGCUGACCGCCAAGCUGCAAGUGUGCUUGCUCGCCCACGCCGUCGCCCCCAACUUGACGUCGCUCUUCAAGCCAAACCCAACGACGUUCGACUAUGCAACCACCAAGCUCCGUCUCCUCGAGUACGUCAACUCGGUACCGGCGAGUGCUGUCUUUCUCUCGAGCGACGACGACCGGAACGAGACGCAGCGCAAGCGCAUGGCGGGCAUCGAGACGUCCCUUCGAUCGACAAAAAAGCCAAAAAUGCAGAUCAACCUGCCAACAACGCUCGGGCCAGCCUCGGUGACGAGCCCCUCGUCAUCUAUUCUCAAGGCAGCGCGACCGCCGACUCCGACGCCACUGCAAAAAGCAGCAACGAACGGUCCUGUCGGUAGCAUGUCGCCGCUCCAGCGGACGCCACCAUCGCGCGUGCCCGUCGCAUCGGCAGGUCGCCCGUCGACGCGUCAGCAGCCCGCCCCGAGGCCGCCAAAGCCAUUGCCAAUGACGGCGGACAAUGCGAUGUGCAACUACUGUCGGCUGGCGCCGCACCACCUCACUGCCUGCCAGCAGUUUGUCGCGGACGUUGCGCGCUUCCAGGUGACGCGAGGCUUUUCGGUUCCGGACGAUGCGUGCUGCACCCACUGCAUCAAGCUCGGGCAUGUCCUGCCGCACCGUGCAAAAGGCUGCCCACGGCUCGCAUCGCUCGUCAACGCUCAGGCGGCCAACCCAGCUCGUUACGUCCACAACCGUCGCAAGCCGUCCUGAGUCCAUGACCUCUUUUUAACUAGUGUUAGCGUAGUCGUUUAGUCAAUAGCUCUUGGUUGGUCUCUUCGCCGUCCUCGCUGCGGAGGCCGCACAGACGAGCCCUAGCCCUAUUACACUAUUUAUAUAGUGUGAUCUUUUU